CAUCGUCGUAAGAGUGCCAAGCUCAUUUAGUCGCAUACCGCUUUUACUUUGAGAGACAGCACCAAGUCUACAAGGAACACCAUCACCAUGUCGGAAACAAUGUUUGCACAGGCCCUCAUGUCGGGUCUGGAGAAGCGCCCCUCCAGACUCAGCAGCGAUCACGUCUCGGACCCCAGGAAAUACCCUGCUCAAGCUCCGUACACCCUCCCCAAGCCGGUCCAUCCGUUCCCUCGCCGUCAGCGACCUUCAGCCGGCCAGCAGUCACAAAGCGUCAACGUCUCCCUGAAACCACUCAAGGGCUCUGACAACCUCGACCUCCCCAACCAAUCAAUCAACACCACCGUCCUCGACCUCAAAGCCCAAUACGCCGACAAGUUCAGCCUUGACAAGACAAAGAUCAAGGUCCUCCUAAACAAGAGACCAUGCGCCGACCUCAAGACUCUCAAAGACAUCCUCGCCGACCCUCUCCCCGCAAAGGCAGACUUCAGCAUCAUGCUCCUCGCAGGCGCCUCAACCCCUAGUCAAGCCUCCACUCCCGUUCCCGCCUCACCAGUCGUCAAGCCCGAGGAAUCUCAGAAGCUUCCCCCAGACUCUGCUCCUCUGUCUGAACACGCACAAGCUGAAGCAGAAGCGCUUCCCCACGCCCACGAUAAUGCUGCUCAGAUGCUCAAGUCGGACGAGUUUUGGGCCGACUUGAAGGAUUUCUUGGUUCAGAGGCUGCGUGAUGAGAGUCAGGGCGAGAGGCUCACUCGUUUGUUCCGUCAGGCUUCUGCUUAGUGUCCCAACAUCUUCAGCUAGUCUUAGACAUGCACAAAUAUCACCUUGUGCUCACUUGGCCAUUGAUACAUAACAAGUUCAACCAGUUCAGCCAUCAGGAGUCGUCGCUUUCAACUU